UCUCCUACUUUUGAUUUCAGGACAGUAUCCUUGAUGAGCUUGACAAAGAAGAUAGUACCCAUGAUUCUCUGUCUCAAGAAUCAGAGUCAGAAGAAGAUGGGAUUCGUGUAGAUUCACAAAAGGCUCUUGCUUUGAAAGAAAAGGGCAAUAAAUACUUUAAACAAGGAAAAUAUGAUGAAGCAAUUGAAUGCUACACAAAAGGCAUGGAUGCUGAUCCAUAUAAUCCUGUCUUGCCAACAAACAGAGCAUCAGCAUACUUUAGAGUGAAAAAAUUUGCUGUUGCUGAGUCUGAUUGUAAUUUGGCAAUUGCCUUGAAUAGAAGUUAUACAAAGGCUUAUGCCAGACGAGGUGCUGCUCGAUUUGCUUUGCAAAAAUUAGAGGAUGCGAAGAAAGAUUAUGAAAAAGUAUUAGAACUGGAACCAAAUAACUUUGAAGCAGCAAAUGAACUCAGGAAAAUUAAUCAGGCUUUAACAUCCAAAGAAAACUCAUAUCCAAAGGAAGCUGACACAAUGAUUAUUAAGUCAACUGAAGGGGAGAAAAAACAUAUUGAAGAUCAACAGAAAAAGCAGCAGGCCAUUUCAGAGAAAGAUCUGGGAAAUGCAUUUUUCAAAGAGGGGAAAUAUGAAAGAGCAAUUGAAUGCUAUACUCGAGGGAUAGCAGCAGAUGGCACAAAUGCUCUUCUUCCAGCUAACAGAGCUAUGGCCUAUCUGAAGAUUGAGAAAUAUGAAGAAGCUGAAAAAGACUGCACACAAGCUAUUUUAUUAGAUGGCUCAUAUUCUAAAGCUUUUGCCAGAAGAGGAACUGCAAGAACAUUUUUGGGAAAGUUAAAUGAGGCCAAACAAGAUUUUGAAACUGUUUUACUUCUGGAACCUGGAAAUAAGCAAGCAGUAACUGAACUUUCCAAAAUUAAAAAGGAAUUAAUUGAGAAAGGAAACUGGGAUGAUGUCUUUCUUGAUUCCACACAAAGACAAAACGUGAUAAAACCUAUUGAUAAUCCACCUCAUCUUGGAUCAGCUAAACCACUCAAGAAGGUUAUUAUUGAAGAAACUGGUAAUUUGAUACAGACUAUUGAUGUGCCAGAUAGCACCACUGCUGCUGCUCCAGAGAGUAAUCCUAUUAAUUUAGCAAAUGUAAUAGCGGCCACAGGCACUGCAAGUAAGAAGAAUUCGAGCCAAGAUGACCUUUUGCCAACAAGUGAUAGUCCAAGAGCGAAAGUAUUGAAAAUAGAAGAAAUCAGUGAUACUUCAACCCUGCAACCUCAAGCCAAUUUGAAACAGGAUGUAUGUCAGUCUUUCAGUGAGAUUUCUGUAGAGAGAGAACAAACACCUGCUCAGUUUGUCACUAUUGUUCUUCCUCAAGUUCCUGCAAACUCAUUCCAGCUUGAAUCUGAUUUCAGACAACUGAAAAGUUCUCCACAUAUGUUGUAUAAGUACUUAAAGCAAAUUGAACCAUCCUUGUAUCCUAAGUUGUUUCAGAAAAAUCUGGAUCCAGAUGUAUUCAACCAAAUUAUUAAAAUUCUACAUGACUUUUAUAUUGAGAAAGAAAAACCAUCACUCAUCUUUGAAAUCUUACAAAGACUUUCAGAACUAAAAAGGUUUGAUAUGGCUGUGAUGUUUAUGUCAGAAACGGAGAAAAAGAUUGCACAUGUAUUAUUCAAUCACAUAGACAAAUCAGGAUUGGAAGAUAAUUCUCUUGAAGAACUCAAGAAAAGAUAUGGCGGUUGAUUUCCAUUUUUAUUGAAAUAACUGUUUUUGACUUUCAUAUGUAAAUUUUUCUUACUGAAAAUAAAGUGUUUUUCUUUUUAAAAUAAUGAAAUCAUACAGGAAAGGACUAUCUUUGGACAUAAGUUAAUUUUAACUAUAAAGUGAAUUGUGAUUUGACUAGUGAGAAAUGUAUUCAAGUGAAUUAUUUAUGUCUUUUUUGAAAAAUAAAAGUAUAAACAAUGAGGUA